AUGGACGUCCUAAGCGUGGCAGGCUGGUGUCAGAGCGCAAAGGAGGCGAGCUAUGAAAGUGACCCACGCGACUGGCUCGCUCCGGCACAGCCUUCCACCACCUGCGACACACGUGACUCUUCGGCGGAUUACCUGGAACAUUCGCCCUACUCCAGCACCGGCUCAUUUCACGAGAGUGAUUCGCCGGGCUCCGCGGGUCAACUCAGCCCUCCAAGUUACCGAAAAGCGGGUAAGGGCUCUCUCAAAGUCCGGGACCUGUGCCGCCUGAAGGGCCUGAUGGUCACCGGGGCCGAGCAGGACGCUUCCGCCCGGCAGAGGGCACCGUCCAGCAAGCCCGCCAACGGCGUGCAGCGGCAAAGGCGCGUUGCCGCCAAUGCCCGGGAGCGACGGCGCAUGCAUGGCCUGAACCACGCCUUCGAUGCCCUCCGCAACGUCAUUCCGGCGCUGGACAAUGACAAGAAGCUGUCCAAGUACGAGACGCUGCAGAUGGCGCAGAUUUACAUCAACGCCCUUUCGGAACUCCUGCAAGAGCCGGCGUCUUCUUCUUCCACCUCCAGCCCACCACAGAGCGAUCAGAUGCCGUCACCUUCCGCUGGAUUCGAUGGCGGGGUUCCCCAGUCGCCCUCCCAGCCAAGGACCAAUUCUACCGAGGGUCAACUGGCCUCGCAUAUCGACGCCAUAUCGCUGCGUGCAGCCUUCGACGACGUCUCAUUCCCCACCUUACAAGUGGAAGAAGUCGUGGGCUCCCCUGCAGCGACGGGCCCUGGGGGACGCGCUGACUCACCCCGCAGCGACGGCGAGUUUUCCCCGCACUCCCAUUUUAGUGACUCAGAUGAUAUGAUAGUGGAGGAGGACGAGCUCCACGCGGUGUCUUUCUAAAAUUAUCUGAAAAUAUAUACAGUAUAUAUUACCACCACCACAUAAGACCAACAGUGUCAACCAAAUUUUUCUUCAAACGUUUUUUUUUAACGAUUUCUAAAUGUGACAUAUUAAUUUGGUUCAUGCCAAUUUGAGGUUGCCAGGUCUCAACGCCAUUGCCCGCAUUUCACUCCAACCCCCCCAAAAACACCUGAUCCGUCUUCCACUAAAUUGUGUUCUUACUUUUUUCAUGUUUGUAUAAUGUAUUUUGUUUUGCAACUUCAAAAGUUCACCAUGUGCACUUUAAUAAUGUGUAGCCUAUGAGCCAAGGGCUUGACAAAUGACUAUUCCACACAUUGAAAAGUUUAAUAUUUUUAUCUUGCUUGUAGCUAGUACUGCCAAUUUUACCCAUAGAGCCUUUAUUGUAGCCAUCAUUGCUGCCUUUUUUUUUUUCUUUUUUUUUUUAACUUGGCUCAUUUUUUUAUUUGUGUCUUUUGCUUUCACUGGAUGAUAUUUACUGACAUGUUUAUUUAUU